AUGGGGGAAGUUAUUUUCUUCCAUCUUCCUCUCAUCUCUGGAAGCUCCAUCAGUAUUGGGAUAGGCAGCAAUUAUUCCAAUCUCCCCAUUGCCUCGAACCAGAGCAGCGCUUCCAGCGCCUUGCCGAGCCCCGCGGAGCACGGCGGUGACAGCAGCCUGCUGGUGUCCCCGCUGCUGGUGGCAGGGGUGGUGAUCGGGCUGGUGCUCCUGCUGUCCUGUGCCACCAUCGUGGUGGGCAGCCUGCGCAGGGACAGCCGGGCCCGCCAGCCCCGCCCGGGCAGGGCGGCCGCGGACGCUCCCGAUGGUUUCUCCCACGGCGGCUCCUCUGCAGAGCUGAGAUCCACCUGCAGUGAGGAGUUCCUCCCAGCCUGUGAUUUUGACUCCUACCUGGAUAUACUUUCUCAGGUGACCAUCAUGUAUCCUGAUCCACCUCCAUGCUAUGACGAAUGUGUGGGGCCAGGAGCAACACAAAUAUAUAUUCCCACAGACGAUCCCCCCCCAUAUUCCCUUACGGACCCUUGCCAAAGAAAUGGAACACCUAGAACCAUCUGCCUCAGCCCAGAGGACGGAGCAGCCGCUGGCAGCGCCGGGCGGGCCGCACACGCCGCAGGCAGGCCGCGGGAGCAGCAGCAGCAGCCCGGCCCCGGCCUCGCCGUGAUCGCCCGGGGCGGGGGCGGCUCCGCGCGGGACGGCGGCCUCUGA